UCAGUGGAGUGCUAUCAGUCGAAUUGUGAGCCGUUGUUUGCUCAGACCAGUUUCAGCUGUCGAACCGGUUGCAUUCUCGGGGCCAUUUGUCCGCGAUCGAAAAGUGAACUACUGCUUGGAAAGUGUUAAUGUAUGCACCUAGAGAGUGCCGAGAAGAACUUGAACAAGGAAGACUACUUGAGUGUUAUCGCUGCCAAACAAGCACAUACGCACAUACACGUACGAGCGGCUGGUUCUGAAGUGGAUAAGGCCAACCUCUUGUCUUCAAUCAAUUGAAUUAAUUUUCCUAAUUGAGUUUUGCCACCCGCAUUUGGCACCUCUCGGUAAGGAUCAACACACGAAGCUCGGGUAGAGAACCACAACAGAGAACAUCUUGGAAAGUGCCCUGGGAUGGGUUGGUGUGUGCAAGUGAUGUGAUGUGAUAACACACAGUGACUGAAGAAGGAAACUUUUAAUUUAAGUGAUUUGAGUCUGCGUUCGGCUGGUUGUACCGGAGAGGAAACGUAAUUGAACGAAUCGAAGCUGUACGUGUACCCCGGUCCGACAGAAAACGAUUGGAGCGUUUCCGGAGGAGCAGAAGACCCGCCGCUUCCAAGGUUGCUCGAGAGGCACUUGAUCAACGCCAUACCCGGGUUCCGACAGUGCAACAUGGUUUAUUUUAGUCCACGUGGUAUGCAGCCGCCGUGUAGCCCACCAGGAUUACCUAUCACAUCCAAGAGUCCCACCAUGGAAUCAGCGAACAGUAAUACAAGCAUUGAACCCGAAGUCGACCAGAAACCGAUCAAGAUCCAGCGAACCAAUGGCGGAGCGCUCAAAUUUUCGAUUGCUAACAUUAUGGGAAGAGACGAAGACGACGAUGCAGAAACGGAACUUCGUCGAAAAGACAAGACGGACUUCAUUCAACCACCCCAAUCAUCCAGUCCUACGUCGGUUGCCUCGAGUCCUAGCUAUGAACAUUCCUCAUCAAUGACGGCAUACGAUUCUGCGUUCAAAAAAUACGUACCAAGUUCGAUGCAUCAAUUUGUGGCUAAUCGUCAUCAGGACCUGUUGAGCCAAUACCCCCUGUUGUACUAUCCGGGUCAGUUAAUGUGCGCCGCUGCUGCUGCCCAGUAUGCAGCUCUAACUCAGCAUCCCGUUACGUUGUUGAAUGGAACAUCUCUAGCUGCGGCUAGUGCUGCCAGCGGAAGUACUGCCACCGCCCUCCAUCCGUACGCACCUGGCACCAAUGCUCUGAGAAGUUUAGAUACCUCCUCUAUGCCAUCGGCUCAGCAUCCACUGACUCAUCACAAAAAACUAAACUUGAAUGUAUCGACAUCAUCAUCUUCGUCUAGCGAUCUUAACAGUUCGGCCAAUUCAUCGAACCCAACCAACCUUACGUCGGCGGCUGCCUUGGCGAAGCAAAAAACGUUUGCUUGUCCAGAGUGCGGUAAGGUUUUCAAUGCGCACUAUAAUCUCACUCGUCACAUGCCAGUUCAUACCGGAGCCAGGCCUUUCAUAUGUAAAAUCUGUGGUAAAGGAUUCCGACAGGCGUCGACCCUUUGUAGGCACAAAAUCAUUCACACUUCGGAGAAACCACACAAAUGUCAAACCUGUGGAAAAGCCUUCAAUCGGUCGUCGACGCUGAACACGCACACUCGAAUCCACGCCGGGUACAAACCCUACAUCUGCGAGUACUGUGGAAAAGGUUUCCACCAGAAGGGAAACUACAAAAACCACAAACUGACUCACAGCGGGGACAAGGCGUACAAAUGCACCAUUUGCAACAAGGCGUUUCACCAGGUGUACAACCUCACUUUUCACAUGCACACCCACAACGACAAGAAACCCUUCACGUGCAAAAUUUGCGCAAAAGGAUUCUGCCGCAACUUUGACCUUAAAAAGCACAUGCGAAAGCUGCACGACGUCAGCAUCAGUGCUAAUCUCAAGCGUCAACAACAGCAGCAGCAGCAGCAACAACAACAGCAACAGCAACAUUCAUCUCAUCACUCAUCGGACCCAAGCCGUCACGGUUCCAGCUGGCCGGGAAGCGGUCCUGCCCCAUCAUCAGCCUCUCUGGCAGCCCUAUCAGCAUCUCCUCUGUCCACCUUAUCGAACUUACACCAUUCGGCCGUCGCAGCCGCCGCGCUACGUUCCGGAGACUACAGCAGUCCCUUUCUGAUGCCAAACACGCGCGGUGGUCGACUGGAUGCUCCCUUCAUAGGAAAAGUGUUCUGACAGAAGUACUAUCAGCACAACUUCAGCCAUCCUCACCACUCAGGGCAGCAUUCCAUCGGUGAUCCAGCAGCAGCUGCCGCCGCUCUUGGAGGAUCGCUACUGCUCCAGCAACAACAGCGGGAGCAGCAACAACAACAACAGUUGACAAGUCUGACCAAGAGCAUACUGAUCAACUAGAUCGUCAGGGGACCAGUGUUUUCUCUCGAUUUUUUUACUUAUAUGAAAAAAUUCGAGACGAACGACAACUCUAUUCGAUAGGGCGACACAGAACCAGUGCAAUAUAAUAGGAAAACCCUAGAGGCUACUAGUGUUACAAAUUAAGGUACGAUGUUAAAUAGGUUGAUAUAGGAAAUGAUAACCAACAGACCGCUCGAUGGUAGUUGGACCAGUGAUUUAAGCGAGUGAUUAACGAAACGUGAACUCACACUAUUUGCGUAAGAUGUGUACAGUAUAAAUAGAGAUACAUUGAAAUCGGACAAACUUCCGACUAGUGAUUGUUUUUUGGAUGAAUUCCUUCUUCUAGAUGUGUUUGUGGAAUAGGAAAAAAACAAUGACGAAAUUGCUUUUUGCAGAACACUGGAGGGAUGGAAGAACUUUAUUAAAUGUAAUUUUAGGAAAGAGCACACGAAUUUAUAUAUGUAAAACAAAUUAAAAUUUAAAGUAUAUGAAAUUGUACGUAACGCAUGAUUCAAACUUAUAUAAAAAUUGAAAAAUAAAUGAAAA